AUGAUGGCCCGGCUCACCCUCCGCGAUUUGGUGUGGCGGCUACACUAUGUGGGAGCUCCCAAGGUGCUGACCUGCAUCGUUCUGAUGCUGCUGUGGUCUCAGAAUGUGGAAACCCUUUCGGAGGGAUUCGACUUCUUGGAGUUCUGGGCCGGCAAGGCUGUCACAUCUACGGUGAUGAGUCACUCUGGGAGGGAUGUUGCUGCUUUGGACAUAGACUACUAUAGGGUGGAUGCCAACAACCCCAAACGAUCCAACCACUAUGACAUAUUGACACCAUCCGGAUUUUUGCUAUGCCUCACGGCUGUGCUCAAUGCCAAAAACGGCAGAUUCACAGCCCUCAUGGCUAUUGUGUGUUCAUCAUGGACGACUAUCAACAUGGCAACAUCCGGGAUGUGCCUCCUCAUUUACUUGGUGGAGGUGAUGGGCGGAUGCUGGCUGGUUGAGCAGCCCUCAAAUUCAUUACUACGCUUCCACCCAAGAGUCAUGUGGACCUUUAGCAUCUUCCGAGCAUGGAGUACCCGAUGGUGGAUGGGACACUACGGUGCGAAAACUCCCAAACGCCAUGUUGCUUGGAGCAGUAGUCCCAAAGUGGGAUUGCUGAACCGGGGAAAGCUCAGCUGGGCAUCGAUGCGUGGCCGGGAUUACGACAAGCACAAGACUGCGGUGACUGGGGUGUCCAAGUCUGGAAAGAAGACUUUUCAGGGUCGCAAGCAGCAGCUCAAAGCUUCCCAGACGUACCCGUACAAGUUUGGAUUGCGCAUCCUUCGCAUUGUGAAUGACCUCCAAAGCACUGGGUGCAGGACAUUCCCACCGGUUCCCGAGUCCUUUAACCCUUUGGCUUGUUACCAAGAACAAGCAUUUACAGAUCUUUGGGUUGAUUGUGGCAUGGACGAAUGCCUCAAGUACUUGUAUGGCAAUCGUCAUUUGAAAGUGCCACCUGAAUGGAAACCACUUUUGCUUCCAACAAAUUCUUAA